CCAAUGGCAUGGAUUCUGCGAUUGAUACGGCAUUGUCUCCCAAGCGCUAAAGGGCCCCAUCUUUCCCUGGUCGCCAUGCCGCAAAAUCCCUUGGUCUUCUUCGAGAUCGCCUUUGAUGGGCAACCUGUGGGCAAGAUCGUUUUCGAGCUCUUUGCGCAUGUGGUGCCCAAGACGGCUGAGAAUUUCAGGGCGCUCUGUACUGGAGAACACGGCAAGGGCAAGUCUGGAAAGAGGCUGAAUUUUAUGGGCUGUGUCUUCCAUCGGAUUAUCCCUGGAUUCAUGUGCCAAGGAGGUGACUUUACCAGAGGUGAUGGAACUGGAGGAGAGUCCAUCUACGGCGCCAAGUUUCGUGAUGAGAACUUCCAGAUGCGACACACGGAGAAGGGCCUGCUCUCCAUGGCUAACUCGGGGCCCCACACCAACGGGUCGCAGUUCUUCAUCACGGUGAAGGCGACUCCUCACCUGGAUGGGAAACACGUGGUCUUCGGCAAGGUCAUCAGUGGCUAUGACAUCGUGCAGAAGAUGGAGCGCUGUGGCAGCAGCAGUGGCAAAACCAGCAAGAAGGUCACUAUCCACACCUGUGGCGAGGAAGGGCCGACUCGAUGGGGCUGG